GUCUAUGGAAAGACAGUAAAAAAAACGUUGUGACGUCUGUGAAAGAAGAAAGCAAGAGGGAGUUUGUUUUUGUAUUUGUUUCUUUCAAUGACAUUUAAAGUAGAAUAGUUCAAAUAGCAUUGUAUUUAUUAAUUAUAAGCUUCGAAUACUUAAAAAUAUAUUAUACUUUCUUCAAAACCUUCUUAUUGGCGAGGUCGAGUUUGUAUACUGCAGAAGGAUGACAAUGGGAGAUGAGACACCAGUUACAUCUCUGAUUCUUCCAGUUUUAAUUCGCCCGAUAUUAUCACAGCUGGAGCGCCGGGAUGUGGCGGCGUCCCAGACUCUGCGGGCGGCGCUGGCCAAGGCGGAGGCGGCUCACCCCGGCUUCACGUACGACCUGGUGGUGGGCAUCAUGCGGCGCGGCGAGCUCAGCGUCAACAUGAACGAGAGUGUGCUGCGCCUCCAGGGAUCCGCGCUGGACUCCGACGUCAUAGAAUAUCGCUUGAGCAGAUCCGAGGAUGCGUUCCAAGAAUUAAACAGGAAGUCCACAGCUCUGAAAAAAAUUUUGAGUCGGAUACCAGAUGAAAUAACUGACAGGAAGACAUUCUUGGAAACUAUAAAGGAGAUCGCCAGCGCCAUCAAGAAGCUCCUGGACGCGGUGAACGAGGUGGCCGGCUUCAUCCCCGGGACCGCCGGCAAGCAGGCGCUGGAGCAGCGCAAGCGGGAGUUCGUCAAGUUCUCCAAGCGCUUCAGCAACACCUUGAAGGAGUACUUCAAGGAAGGACAGGCGAAUGCUGUGUUUGUGAGCGCGCUGUACCUCAUCCACCAGACAAACAAUAUCAUGGUCACAGUUAAGAACAAGUGUGAGUAGAGUCGAUGGAUGAUAGUGUCAGUUUUAAAAUACAUGCGCCAGUUCGUCUUGUGCUGAAAACCAACAGACUUCCAUAUUUUUCUGUAGUGUUGGCUAUGCCAACUACUGUGUAAAUUUUACGUACAUGACUGACAACUUUACAUGCAGUCUGCCUGGAAGCAAACUGUUAAGCCAUCAUACCACUCCACUUAGAAAUAUUUUAAUUACUUGAUGUAUCGAACAGAUUGUGAUACUUUAGUCCAAGUUUUAUACAUGUUAAUGAAGAAAAGAAUUGUCUCUUUUUUUUUUCUUUCUCUCUUUGCUAGUUUAUAAUCACCAUGAAAUGAGACUUGUAUGUUGUGAAUGUACAUUUCCGUGUACAUAUGAGUGUGUAUAUAUCAUGUGUAUUUAAAAUUUGUGUGAGAAUGAAUUUAUUUUAGGGAAAUGUAUAGUGUUCACUUAUGGCUCUAAUAUAUAUAUAUAUAUAUAUAACAUUUCUGAAUUAUUGUUAUAUUUUUUUCAAUGUGUUUGUACUCUAUUUUAUUUUUCUCAUCUCACCAUUUAAAACGAUCAAAUUUGAUUUUAACAAUAGUUUGUUUUAGUUCUGAAAUGCUAGACGUUAACAACUCGUUAUUGUUAUGUCCUGGAUGGCGGGAAUCAAUGAUGCAAUACUGAUAAAAAAAUUUCGAAACCAUAUUUACGGCCCGAAAAAAUUAAUAAUGUGUAUCUUAAAAACUCAACAAUUGUAGAGUCCAGGAGAGAUCAACAGUCUAAAAUAUUUAUUAAUACUUUAUUUUUUAUAUAUACAUAAAACACUUGAAUAUGUGCUCUAAAAUUGACACUCUUUAUUGAAUCAUGACACUUUGACUUAAGGGUGUUUGGACAGCGAGAGGUCUUUCAUCCGGAACUUUCACGACCAUGGCUGUGCCAGAUAAGCAACGUUGCAGGUUUAUUGAACAAAUGUCAAUAUAGCUUUAACGGGAAUACCGAGAAAAAAAUUAAUAUAUAUUACAAACUUACGUAAAAGAAUAUGCAAUAAGCUGUUACACAAAAAAUAAUUUACAAAAGUCUCUUAAGAAAUUGGUACUUACAUGUACCUGUGAAAUGUUACCAGUAGAGAUAAGAUUUUAUGGUUUUAUUUUCAGGCCAAUUUAAUUUUUAAAACAGAUAAGUUCGAUGUUGUUGUUUUUAUUUAUUAUGAAUAAAUUUAUUAAAAACAAUAGCAUAAGGUUACAUGAUACUAAUUUCUUCAAGAUAGUGUCAUUUUGUGUUAUAUAUGACUAACUUUUAGAAUAUAAUGACUUGUAAUAAGCAUGUCUUAACUAUUCAGGACAAAUAAAAUAAAUUUUU